CAGCGUUACACCGUGGCGUCACGAGGAGUCAGCUGUGUGCUAGCCCGGACAUCAUGAGUGAAGAUGAAGCCCGCCGUGCCGCUUCUUCUCCUGGUGCUGCUCGCCGCUGUGGGACUGAGCCAAGCCCAGGUCAGGAGCCCGCUUCUGGAUUUCACCAACAGCAUCCUGCCGAGCCUCAGCCGCCCGGCCAACCACAGCCGCAUCUUCUAUGCCGUGAUGUUUGAUGCAGGGAGCACGGGCACACGCAUCCACGUUUACACCUUCAUCCACAGCGACUCAGAGGAGCUGCCCACCUUGGACAACGAGAUGUUCCAUUCCAUAAAGCCCGGCUUGUCGGCAUAUGCUGACUCCCCUGAAACGGCGGGACACACAGUGCGGAUGCUGUUGAAGGUGGCCAAGAGGACUGUGCCCCGGGUGGAGUGGAAGAGGACCCCCCUGGUCCUCCGAGCCACGGCUGGACUCCGGCUGCUGACCGCACCGAAAGCUCAGGCUCUGUUGGAGCAGGUUCAACAUGUGUUUGAUGAAUCUCCCUUUCUGGUCCCAGACAACAGCGUCACCAUAAUGAAUGGCACAAAUGAAGGAAUCUUGGCUUGGAUUUCUUUGAAUUUUCUGACAGGUCACCUCAACGCACAAACCAAGAAGACGGUGGGAAUUUUGGAUUUGGGAGGAGGAUCUACGCAGAUCACCUUCCUGCCGAAGCUGAGGGAAACCAUGGAAAGUGUUCCUGUCACUGACUUCGUUGCCAGAUUUGACAUCUUCAACUCAACCUAUGAAUUAUACACUUACAGUUACCUAGGAAACGGGCUGAUGGCCGGACGACUCGCCACGCUGGGAGCUCUGGGUGCAGAAGGGAUGGAGUGGCGGGUUUUUAAAAGUUCCUGCCUGCCGAAGAAAUUCCGGGAUGAAUGGAGCUUUGGAGGGAUCACCUAUCAUGUCAGCGGAGACCCAGAGGGUUACACAGGAUUCAAGCUCUGUUAUGAAGAAGUGCUUAAGGUGGUGAAGGGCGUCAUUCAUCAGCCAUACGAGCUGGAAGGCAGCAACGUCUUCUAUGCAUUCUCCUAUUACUUUGACAGAGCGGUGGACGCAGGCCUUAUCGAUGGGGUCCACGGAGGGAUGCUGCAGGUCAGAGACUUCAAGAAGAGAGCUAAAGAGGUGUGCAACAAGAUGACCACGUACCCUUCCAUCAGCCCUUUCCUGUGCAUGGACAUGACCUACAUCACUUGUCUGCUCAAGGAUGGAUUUGGCUUCAAGGAGAGCACCGUGCUGCAGUUGACCAAGAAAGUGAACAACGUGGAGGCGAGCUGGGCUCUGGGCGCCAUGCUGGACCACUUCCACAACCUGAAGAUCCACUGACUGACUGCUGACUUAGUUGGAGGCCCAAUAACAACAACAACAACAAUAAGUAACGGGGACUGGCUUAUUCAACAGGCCCAGAUGUUUGCUGUGUGUUUCAUAUGAGCCUCAUUUCUUUUUAAAAGCAUUUAUUCUCUAGUAUUAAUAUAUAUAUAUUGAGCUGUAAUGAAAGUCAGGAGACGUUUGAGUGAAAGACGGCUUCAAUAACACAAUCUGUUAGUGGAGCUUUGGACGACACAGUUUGUUUGAGUUAUCAGGGCGACUUGGCUGCUUGUGUUGUGUGAGACCAGUGUUUACAUGCAGCGAUAUGAAAUACUGUGCUUUAGCAGUUUUAAUGCCAAGGGUUUUAUUUUUUACUAAUAGGGAUAAUGGGUUAUGUGUCUGGUACAUUUCAAUAAGUGGCACUCACUGUGCAGUUGAGAGCAUCGCUGCAUUCCAACCUCUGCCUUCUGUUUAUCGUAUUACGCAAUCUGCACAGCACAAUUCACGGUCAUUGUAUCAUCAUAAACUUUUAAAACCCGUCUCAGUGUUUCUUUGGGAGCACUUGUUUUCAAAAACAUGAGGAAAAAGGUUGUUUUGUACAAACUCUGCCCUUUUCACGCUUUUCAAAAUAAAACCAUCGUUGGUUGCUAAUUACAAGUAUCUACAUGGGUUAAAGUCAGUGAUUCAUC